AUGUCGGCCUCCGAGAAAAGUCCCUCGAAGGGGAAAGCGCCCUCUCUCCAGGGAGGCUUGGGAGCCUCCCGAGCUGUAAUCCAGGCAAUACUGGCGCUCGCAGCAAAACAUCGUCGGACACAAUGGCCUGCUUUUCCCAUGGGACAGAAAACGAAAGGGACUUUCAAAAGCGCCUCCUCCUACCUCCUCCAACAGCUCAUCCACCGCUCUCGCUCUCCGGAUGCAGAAGUGGAAACGCACCAUCAGAACGAAGAGGAAUCUGAAGAGUCCGAGGAAUCCGAAACGAUGAAUUUGGAGGAGGAGUUUGAUGGGAUCCUGAGAGAGGAGGCUGUGGCUGAGGCACUUGAUGAAUUGGGGUGGUCAGGUCCUGGGACGGAGCAGGUCUACCUCAACCUGAAUUUAUCACAUUGUGAUUUAGCUGACAUCAGCAUUCUGCGUGACUAUAUUCACCUACAGAAGUUGAAUCUUUCGGGAAACAAAAUCGAAGAUUUGUCUUGUGUGAGCUACAUGCCAUAUCUUCUAGAACUAAAUGCUUCUCAGAACAAGCUGACUACCUUCUUCAAUUUCAAGCCACCCCAAAAUCUCAAGAAGGUGGAUUUUUCCUCCAACCAAAUUUCUGAAAUGUGUGACCUGUCAGCGUACAACACUCUUACUCAACUGAUUUUGGACAACAACGAGAUAAGAGAAAUCAAUGGGCUAGAGAAUUGCAUCAGCCUGACCCAUCUCAGUCUGGCUGGCAACAAGAUCACCACAAUUAAUGGCUUAGGAACAUUACCCAUCAAAGUGCUUUGUUUGCGCAACAACCAGAUUGAGACCAUCAUGGGUCUGGAGGAACUGAAAGCCUUGCAGAAGGUGGAUCUGUCCUACAAUCAGAUCAGUAGCCUCCAGGGUUUGGAGAACCAUGACCUCCUGGAAGUGAUCAACCUUGAGGAUAACAAGAUUGAGGAGCUGAGUGAAAUAGAAUACAUUGAAAAUCUUCCUAUCCUUCGAGUUCUCAAUCUACUGAAGAAUCCAAUUCAGAACAAAUCUGAAUACUGGCACUUCGUAAUAUUUAUGCUGCUGCGACUGACAGAAUUAGAUCAGCAGAAGAUUAAAGUGGAAGAAAAGGUUUCUGCAGUGAAUAAGUAUGACCCUCCCCCUGAAGUGGUUGCUGUCCGAGAUCACAUGACCCAUGUUGUCAACAGCAUGUCGCAGCCACAAAGGAUCUUUGACAGCACCCUGCCAAGUCUGGAUGCUCCUUAUCCCAUGCUGAUCCUAACUGGUCCCGCAGCUUGUGGGAAACGAGAGCUAGCCCACCGCCUCUGCAGACAGUUUAACACUUACUUCAGAUAUGGGGCCUGUCACACCACAAGACCGCCUUACUUUGGUGAAGGGGACCGAGUUGAUUAUCACUUUAUCUCUCAAGAAGUUUUUGAUGAAAUGCUGAACAUGGGGAAAUUUAUUCUAACAUUUAAUUAUGGUAAUCACAAUUAUGGAUUAAAUAGGGACACUGUAGAAGGUAUUGCAAGAGACGGAUUAGCAAGCUGCAUUCAUAUGGAAAUAGAAGGUGUAAGAAGUUUGAAGUAUUCCUAUUUCGAGCCUCGGUAUAUCUUGGUGGUGCCCAUGGACAAGGAAAAAUAUGAAGGAUACUUGCGGAGGAAGGGAUUAUUUAGUCGAGCAGAAAUUGAAUUCACUGUCUCCAGGGUGGACGUUUAUGUUAAAAUUAAUCGGAAAUUUCCAGGAUAUUUUGAUGCAGUAAUCAAUGCAGAUGAUCUGGAUGUUGCCUACAAAAAGCUAAGUGAUCUCAUUCGAGAAUACCUGGGAUUGACUGAGGAAGCUACUAAAGGCUUGGCUCCAGCUGCAGCAGGCGCUCCCUCUAGCAAGAAGACCAUCUCUGGGGUCCCAGCACACCUGGUCCCCUCCCCCAGGCGCUUGGCAAGACUGCAAGCAGAUGGCCAAAAACCAGAGGCUCUCCCAGAAGUACAGACUCAUGCCAAGAUCCCUGAAAGUCAGAACCUAGCUCUCCCACAGAGCCAAGAGUUAACCGAGGAGGGAGAGCACCCUAAGAAGGAUCCUUCUUCCAGCAGCCAUCUGGAUCCACCUCAGCAGGUCAGUUCUUCAACACUUGAUAUUCCUCAGCAAGCCCAAGACACAUCACCCAAGAUGAAGGAAGGGGAUGGUCAGCCAGUCAGCCUCCCUCCAAAAAUAACCACCGAGAUGGACGGCCCUGAAGAUGAGCCUGAGCCACUUGAACUAAAAGCAGGACAGUCUUCUACUCUUGCAGCUCAAGAGCUACCUCAGCAUCCUGACCCCCCUCCCCGACUCAGCCCUCAGCCAGACCAGGCUAAGGAAUCUGGAGAGAUCGAAGAAGCCCCUAGCAACCUACCCCUAUCUGAACGCUCACAGGUACCUGACCCAGCUUCCCUCAGUCCUCCGAGAGUGCAGGAUGAGGGAACCGAGUCAGCCCACCCUGCACGCAGCAGUUCCCCUCCCAAUCUUCCAGAAGAUCCCUCCCCCUCUGACGUAGUGAAGGCUUCUGGGGGCUCUCAACCACCUCUGAAGGAGGGAACCCCCAAAGCAGUUGUCCGUGCCAGUACUCCUUACCCAGAAAUUCCACCUCCCCAAGACUCGUCCACAAACUCAAAACAUUCCCAGGUCAGGGGACAGCCAGUGGCCUUGCUGCCUAAAAGUCGGCUGGCUCCUACGAGGUUACCCCAGCCCCAAACCCUGGCUCCUCUCCAGAGCAGGAGACCCACACCCAAGCUUCUCUCUCCCAGCAGGGAAGAGGCUUUGGGGACAAGCUCAGAUCAGACUCCAACUCCUUCUCCCAGGUCUCUCCCAACUCAGGAUGGAGACCCCAAUAAGCUUCCUCCCAUCAGCCCUCCCCAGUCGAAACCACCCCCAAACCCAAGCCCCCCGGCAGCCCGUAGUCCACAGCAAUCCCACGUUGGAAAAGCCAGCGAGGUGAAGCUCCCACUUAUUAGCCCCCCGAUCCAGGAACAAGCCCAGCAGCACUCCCCCAGCCCUCCCCAGGAAGAGGAGGCACCCAAAGUCCGGCUCCCUCAUAUUCCUGCUCCCUCUGUGGAAUCUCAGCUGCCUCAGAACACUGGGCCAAGGCCUGCUUCGAAGCCUGCAAAAGAAAGGAAAACCCCCAAAGUGGGCCAUGCCUCCAGCAAGAAGAUUUCAGAUCUGCAGCCAUCACCUCACAGCCAAGAGGCUGCUAAGCAGAAGGAUGCUAGGAAAAAAAAACUCAGGCAGAGAGAGACAGCUAAAGGAUCACCAUACCCAAGAAAGAUACCAAGUGUAAAGUCUCAGACCGCCCAGCAGUCAGAAUCCCAUAGCAAGCCAACUCCUAGGAAUGUGUCCGACCCACCUGACUCCAGGUCCCCUCUGAGCCACACUGAAGUGGAACCAGCAGACCCCCAGGACCAGGAGGACAAAACCCGAAAAGCACACAAUUCCAAAAAGAAGGACCUGGCUCAGUCUGUAGGUGCGUCCCAAAACAGAGAAAUGUUAGAAGGAUUAGCUCAAGAAACCGAAACAGCCCUCGGUGAGAAUCAACCAACCCAAGACGCUCAGCCCCUGGAGGUGCAUCCUGGGGGGAGAGAACAGGCUCAAAAAAAGGAAAGGUCUCAGAAGAGAGAGGUUAUAGGGAAGCCUUCAGAGCAGGAGGUUGCAGCCCCUAGCCAGCUGCGGGCCAAAGAGACACAAGCCCGUAAAGACACCAGUGAGAUCAGACAGGGCUAUGCCCAGAGGCACAACAUACUUAUGUCUAAGCAGCAAUCCAAAGAAAAACGAACUCGGAAAAAUGGGGAUGUACCACAGAACAGAAGCCCUACUGCUCCCCAGAAUCAGGUGUCAGAGGAGGAACAGGGUGGCCGGACAGGAAGACUGCGAGCCAGGGGCAGCCAGAGCAUCAAAGUAUAAGCCCUGGCUCCCGAGAAGCUGUGACCUCUGAGAGCUGUGCUGUCAGGACACCAAGGUGCACUGCUGGUUUCCUUCUGUGACCACCAGUGAGCACCUCGCUUCGGGGACUUUGUAGCUCUGUUCCUCUUGUGGCAGCAGCCGGGGAGACAGCUGGUAUGAUGCUGGUGUCAUCGAGGGGCUCUUGUGUUCAGCUGUGAAUUUCAAUAGGACUUAUGGCUGAAGAAGGGCAAAUUACCAAAAUGUUUUGUUUUCUUCAUUAGGAAAACUCACUUCUAGACUCAAACAUUUCUUCAUGCUUUUUACGUGAUUGGAGGAGCCUGCAGCAAAGAGGGAUGCUACAAAAAGAAACCUUGCAGUUUUUAGAGAUUGCCAGCCUGCACUUAACUUGUGAGGAUGCAUCUCUGUAAGCCAGACUCUGGCUGGUGAGCACUCGAGGUCUGAAUUGGCCUAUGUUUUGCUUGUACACUUCAAAAUGAGUAUCUUCCUUCUGUCUUUGAAUAGGAAUCUCAUGGUCCAUGGCUUCAUUAUGCCAAAGCAUCUGGUUGAAUCACUUAAAAGAAUUUGUGGAGAGAAAAUUCAGGGGAAUCAGGUUUUUUGUUUUUUUUUUUCAUUUGUCUUUCCAUAUUAUUCUAUUAUGUUCCUGGCAAUGACUAAGGGAUGGCCAGAGCCAGCCUAUGGAAAUCUAUUAGAAGGAAGUACGUGUGCAUCUCAUACAAGCAAACUGUGGGAAGGGCCAGGGUGCAGCAGGCUCUCAGAGAGGCAAGGGUCCAGCCAUGAAGAUCACCAAGGUUCUUGUCCUCUUCUGGACUAAGCAAGAGUCUAGGAUGGCCAUCACUUCUCACCCCUGUCAUUCUCCAUGUGGGCGCCAUUCUUUGAACUACAAAUGGUUAUAUGUCAUUCUCUCGACACACCCACCAACAACCCUCCAUCUACAUCCUGUGGCAUCUCUCAGCACUGCUAUAAAGGGAUUCAUCUAAAUCAUCCUUAAGGUUAAAAAGAAAAUCCAAAGGAAGGCUGAUUGCCCCUUUGAUCAAGCAUUCAUUUAGACCAAUCAGCUCUGGCCUGGGCAUGGUUAUCAUCAUCCAUAUCCCACUGGGCUCAAUGUUCCAUGUGGAGACGGUGUUUCCAGAAAGGAGAAUAAGUUCAGUCAAGGCCAUCAGCUCACUAUUCCACUCUUUAAAAAAAAGUUAGAAAAUGUUCAUUGGGUACUUACUGUAUGUACAGGCAAUGUAUUGAAGCCAUGUUUGAUAUCCCAUAUUUCAUUAUAUAACCAAUGAUGAGUGCCUGUGUUUUACCUUAUGCAAAAGACAUGUGCCCACAAACCUGUAUGAAUAGCAAAUGUUCUCUCCAGUGCAAUAGAGGAUACUGGUAUUUUUAAUCAGGGAUAUAAGGAGCGAACAAAACUCUUCUUAUAACUGAAAUAUUAGAUAUCCUCUGAUUUAUCUGCCUUCUCCAAGAUAAAAGUUAGAGCAUGACUUUUUAAGUAAUUUCUGUUUAUUAAGUGAAUCAUCAUCAAGAAGGCUUAUUUUCUGUGUGCCAGACAAAGUAAUGGUUGCUAGGUACAUUGUAAGAUGAUGCUGACUCUUCAGGGAACUACACCAUGUAAUUAGGGUGUCCAGAGAUCCCAAAGUAAGCUUACCUGUAUUUGGCAUUCCACCGAUAAGACAACCUGUUCAUUUGCUUUUCUAGACUGUAGUAAGCGCAUUGAGUUCAGCCUGAUAGAACUGUACCAGGAAAAACCUCAAAGAGAAAUUCAUCCCUCAGCUGAGACUUUAGGGGUACAGAAUUGCUCAGUGUAUGGAUGCAGGAGGGGAUACUUCCUGUUGCUUAAACACACAGACAGGAACAGCUAGUGUCUCCUAAGGACCCAGCUGCCAGGUGAACUGUAGGCCUAUCUAAUCUGUGCCACGAGGAGGAGCUUUGGAAGCCUCAUCUUGUAACAGCAUGGGGAAGAGAGGAUGCUUAGAUUUGUACUUUAGGGAUAAAGUUAAGGAAGAAUAGACUAGAAACAGAAUGAUGAGCACAUCAUGACAGGAGGCUAGCAAGGGCUUAAAAGAUGGCACUGGUGUCCGGGGAGGUCACAUCCAGUUGAUGUUUAGCUUGGCUGUGGAGAGGGUAGAUUGUGAAUGACAGCAAACAAAGGAUCGCCUGUCUCUUUCUUUCUUGAGAAGGUCUCAUUAUGUAGCCCUGG